UUUCAAUACAACACACACCUCUCUACAGUAUAUAUACUGACUAUUACAACAGCCACACGCACACACACACACAGCUGGCAUCUGACAGAGCACUGAGAUAAAGACUCAAACCAAGAACCAUGAAGGUGUUUGUGGUACUGGUUCUGGCUGUGUUCACAGGCUGCCAAGCCAACUUGUUCUAUGCUGAUGAACCCAAACCACAGCUGGAGCAACUGACUGAUGCUUUCUGGGACUAUGUUGCCAAGGCAACACACACUGCUGAGGACACACUGAAAACAAUUAGAGAGUCUCAACUUGGCCAGGAAGUCAAUGCUAGAAUUACAGAAGGGGCUAAUGUUGCCAGUCAGUAUGCUGUCAGUCUCCAGAACAAAGUGAACCCUCUGGCCCAGGACAUCAUGACCAAAAUCACCAAGGAGGCUGAAGUUCUGAAGGAGCGUCUUGAGCAGGACCUGACCACUGUGAGAGACAAACUGGAGCCCUAUGCUGAUGAUCUGAAGACCCAAAUUCAGCAGAGAGUGGAGGAGCUGAGAGUAGCUGUGGCUCCCUACGCUGAGUCCUUUGACUCUGAAGCUCUGAAAACUACCGUGCUGCAGAAGACCGAGGAGCUCAGGGGAAGUCUGGAGGAGAAAGUGAAGGAGCUGCAGUCCCAGCUGGAGCCCUACACUGAAGAUCUCAGACAGAAAGUAGAUCAGCACCUGCAGGAAUUCCAGAAGACCGUGGCCCCUCUGACUGAGGAUCUUCAGGCCAAGGUUGCUGAGAGAGCCACUUUGGUUCAGCAGAGUCUGGCUCCCUAUGCUGAGGACCUGAGAGAGAAACUGGACCCCUACGCCCAAAACCUGAAGGACCAGCUCACCUCUCUUUAUGAGUCCUUUACCAAGACCAACUAAAUACUCCAAACACUUCUUUUCACUCACUGGAUUGUUUUUACACUACUGAAAACUGAUAAAACUGACAUUCUCUAUUAUGGCACCUAUCCCAACAUUUCUCAGAAAAAAUGGCUGUGUUAACUUGUUAAAGAACCAGUUAAUUUCUCCUGUGACAGGAACAUGGUAAAAUUAAUAUCAAAAUUUAUCUAUUUAUUAAUGUAGUGCUGCUAAGGAGGUCUUUUGUGAACACUUUUUAAAUCAUGGAUUAGCAAUAAUACAUUUCUUGUAUUUAUCCUAUAAUAAAACAUCUGCCAAAUUGAA